AUGCUAGAUGCGAGGAGGUUUAAUGCACCUCGACAGAAACGAGAUCUCUUUGGAGGGGAGACAUUUAGCCCGCUGCUGUCAGAGCCUGCCCUGCCGAGAAGUGUCCUGCAUAACUACACUGCACGCGAUGCCUCUGCAGAGUACUGCGGGUGCCUUAAUGGUGGCUGGUGCAAGGAGGGUGGUCUGUGCGACUGCUCGCAGUUCCAGGCCGUGGGAGACCGCUGUCAGAUCAUCCCCAACAUGGGGCAGGACAGAGAUGGCAUCUGCAGAUCGUGGGGACAGCACCACUUCGAAACAUUCGACGGAAUGUACUACUACUUCCCGGGAACCUGCUCCUAUGUCCUUGCCAAAGACUGCCGCGCGACAGAGCCGCAGUACACAGUGUGGGUCCAUAACAGCCGGAACUGUGCGGGCUCAGUGUACUCCUGCACCCGAUCUCUCAGCCUGCACUUUCCCCACGAGGAGGAGAUCCUCAUCACAGGAUACCAAGUGGAGAAGGGUGGUGUCAGACUGAGCUUGCCGAAGACCAUCCACAACGUGUUCAUCGAGAGGCUGGCAGACUACAUCCUGGUGAAGAGCACUUUCGGGUUUUCCCUGGCCUGGGACGGAGCCUCCGGGGUCUACAUCAAAAUGACGGAGGAGCACAAAGGCCAGCCUUGUGGACUGUGCGGAAACUACAAUGAUGACGGAUCGGAUGAUCUCACCACCAGCUACAAUGUACGGACUGAAGACACUGCAGAUUUUGGAAACAGCUGGGCAGUGGAGCUGCCCCACGAGAGGCGCUGUGCCCCUGUGGAGGACGAAUUCCCCGGCCCGUGCAGAUCAGAGUCAGAAAUGGAUGAUGGCAUUGAGAAGUGCAGCGCUCUCCUCUUCUUUCCGUUCCUGUCCUGCCACGAGAACAUCGACCCCAACCCCUACGUGGCCAGCUGUGUCUCAGACCUGUGUGUGACUGAUGACUUGGAGACGUUCUGCAGGACCCUGGUGGAGUACACCAGGGCGUGCUCCCACGUGGGGUACCCUGUGAGGGAGUGGAGGGACAGCUUCCCCACCUGCAAUGAUGGAUGUGAGGACAGCUUCGUCCACAGGGACUGCAUCAGCUGCUGCCCCCCUACCUGCACCUUUGAGAAGGAGUGUCUGGGCACCAACCUGCACUGCCUGGACGGCUGCUACUGCCCAGAUGGGCUGAUCCUGCAGAAUGGAACCUGUAUCUCAGUGUCCCAGUGCCCCUGUGUGUACCACGGCACUCCCUACCCCCUGGGACAUGUACUGGAGCAGGGCUGCAGUGUUUGUAUCUGUGUCGGGGGUGUAUGGAACUGCACAGAAAACAACUGCUCAGCGGAGUGCUCGGUAGCGGGCGACUCUCACAUUGCCACGUUCGACGGACGGAUGUUCAUGCACAGCGGCACCUGUCAGUAUGUCCUGGUGAAGAGCCGGGGGAGCACCAAGUUCACCCUCACGCUGCAGAACGUCCCCUGCGGGGAGAAUCAGGAACACGCCUGCAUCCACUCAAUCACGCUGGUGGUGGACGAGGACGUCACACGACAGGUGACGCUCACCAGGGAGGGAGAGAUCCUCAUCGGGGUCAACCAGGCCGCCAGCCUGCCCUACGCUGACGACACAGUUGAGAUUCGAAAGCUGACCUCUUUGUUCACACAGCUGAGGGCCAGCUUCGGCCUGCGCGUGCAGUUCGACCGGCGCGGCGGCCGGCUCUACCUGCAGCUGGACAGCAGCUGGAAGGGCCUCACCCUGGGGCUCUGCGGCACCUUCAACGGAAAUCUGCGCGACGAUUUCCUGUCUCCCUCAGGUAUGAUCGAGGGCACGCCUCAGCUCCAUGCCAAUGCCUGGAAGGUGUCCUCUGCCUGCACCAGCCCGGUCAAUGUGCCCAUCAUCGACCCGUGCGAAAUGAACCAGCAAAACGUGUUCUACGCCUCGCUGUGCGACGUGGUGACGGAGGAGCUGUUCGCCCCGUGCCACUCCUACGUCAGCCCUGGCGCGUACUUCCAGCAGUGCCGCUUCCAGGCCUGCCGCUGCGGGAGCGCCUGCCUCUGCACCGCCCUGGCGCACUACGCCUACGUCUGCGCCAAGCACCGCGCCCUCGUCAACUUCCGUGCACACGUCUCCGAGUGCGGUAUGGUGUGUUUAGGGGGGAUGAUGUACCACCCCUGCACCUCCACCUGUGGGAGGACCUGCCAGUCGCUGUCCAUCGGGGAGGUCUGCAACGGCGACUGCGCAGAGGGUUGCAGCUGCGCAGACGGGACCUUCUACGAUCAAGUGCGGCAGCGCUGUGUCCAAGCCUCUCACUGUCACUGCUACUUCAUGGGGUCUGUGUUCCAGCCCGGCGAGGUCUCCUUCAGCGCCUCUGGCCCCUGCCUUUGCAGAAAUGGGCGUAUGGAGUGUGUACCAGAAGAAAGAGAGCCGGAGCAUGGAGACUGCCCCCCGGGGAAGGUGUACUACAGCUGCCGUGAACAGCAGGGGGGCGUGUCUCGCCUGGGCCUCGCCUGCGAGGUCACCUGCCGGAACCUGAUGAUGAACCUCACCUGUCCUCCCAUGACCCCCUGUGUGCCGGGCUGCGGCUGCCCAGCAGGGCUGGUGCGGCACAAUGGAGAGUGCUACUUUCCUGAGAACUGCCCCUGUGCUUGGCUUGGACUGGAGUAUCUGCCUGGAGAAACAGUGGCCACACCCUGUUACAAAUGUGUUUGCCAUCGUGGGUUCUUUAACUGCACCUACUACCCCUGCCCAGCCGUCUGCACGGUCUACAGCGACCGCCAUUAUCACACCUUCGAUGGCCUGGAGUAUGAUUACGUCAGCGACUGCCAAGUCUACUUAGUAAAGAGCAUCAAUGACACAGAGAUUUCAAUUACCGCCCAAAACAAGGACUGCUAUGAGAGUGGUAUCAUCUGUAUGAAGUACCUGGUGAUCUACGUGGGACUCACAAAGAUCUACUUCAGUGAUAACUCAGGAAAGCCGAGCUCCUCCACAGUGGUGGGGAAGGGCUAUGAGUUCCAGCUGUGGAGAGCAGGGUACUACACUGUGGUCCACUUCCCCAAGCAGGAGAUCACUAUCCUGUGGGACAAGAAGACCACCGUGCACAUUCGAGCCGGGCCUCAGUGGAAGGGUCAGCUGACGGGGAUGUGUGGCAACUUUGACACGGUGACAGUGAACGAUAUGACCACCUCCAGCCACAUGGAGGUCAGUAAUGCCCAGGCCUUCGGGGACAGCUGGGCCCUUGGUCAGUGCGAGAGUGAUUUCGUGGUCAAGAGGCCGUGUGAAGGAGACCUCAACAGACAGCCCUACGCCAAGCGAGAAUGCGCCCUCCUGUACAGUGACGUCUUUGCGCCCUGUCACAAUGUGGUGGACGUGACGUGGUUCUACAAGAACUGCCUGACGGACACCUGCAACUGCAACCGCGGGGGGGACUGCGAGUGCCUGUGUACCAGCAUCGCCGCCUACGCCCACAAGUGCUGCCAGCAGGGCGUCACCAUCCACUGGAGGUCCCCCACCGUGUGCUCCUAUGACUGUGAAUACUACAAUCAAGAGCUCGGGGAGGGACCCUACACGCUGUCCAACGUGGCCUUCAACGACACCGUGUUCGGCGCCAACCUGACCAGCGGGGAGGUCUUCCCCCUGCCCAAAAUCAGCGCCUCAGGCGGGGUGCUCUUCAACUUCAUGAUCACGGCAGGGCUCUACAAGGACCGCUUUUCACGUCUGCCCAUCGUCUCCCUGGAGUCGGCGGAGCGGCCCAACUACUUCCUGUGCGUGACGCCACGGCGCUCUCUGCGUCUGGAACGUUGGAGUGGGGCAGAGGAGUUCCGCCAGCGUGCCACCUUCAUCCACCACCAGGGCCUGUGGCUGCCCGGACACUCCUCCUUCGAGCUCUACAGCCAGAAAGGCGUCUUCCUCACCCUGACGCGGGCCGCCGUGCGGGCCAAGGGCUAUGACUACUCCGACGCCUUCAAACGCGUCAGCAGCUUCACCGUGGAAGACAGCAGCUUCGUGAUCCCGUAUAGGAUGAUGUGCGAGUGGAAGUACAAGGCGUGCGCCAGGCCCUGUGUGAAGACCUGCACAGACCCGGAUGCCACCAAGUGCCACUUCCUGCCCCCUGUGGAGGGCUGCUUCCCGCGAUGUCCCAAGAACAUGAUCCUGGAUGAAGUCACGCGAAGAUGUGUGUACAGGGAGGACUGCAUCAUCCUGCCUCCUACUCCAACUCCCUACAUGUUUGUGACGAGGUCCAACAGAACCACAGCUGCACCCACCACCACCACAACCACGGCCAUGACCACAACCACUACGACCACCACAGAGCCCACCACUGCAGCAGUGACCGAGCCUCUUACCACUUCUCCUAUAGCCACGGAGCGCAUUACAACCGCCGAGCCCACUGUAGCACCUUCCACUCCAUUCCCUGUAGUGACCACGCCCGCCACCUCCCCUACCCCCAGUCCUACCACACCCGCCAUCACGGAGAGGACGACCUCCCCUCUCCUCACCACCACCACUCCUCCGACCACCACCUCGGAGACCACCACAGAGAAGACCACCACAGUAACCACAGCAACCCCCGAAGUCACCACCACCACUCCCAGUGCCCCGCCCACAACCACCAGCUCCACCACUGUCCCCAUAACAACAGUAGCCUUGACUACCCCGCCCAUCACCACGACAGCAGAGACCUCCACAGCCCCCACCACAACAGCUACAACCUCGACCCCUGCUGUGACAACGUCGCCACCCUUAACAACAACCGCCGCCAUGACGACGGAGUCUCCACUCACCACUGCUGUGGAGACUACAACCCCUACUACAACUACAACCCUACCCACAACCACCCCAACUCCCUCCACCACCGAGGCCACAACCACACUGGUUGCCACAUCAACCGCCAGCCCUUCCCCCACAGUCCCAGAGUCAACCUCAGCACCGCCCGACACCACCACGGAGACGGAAGUUGUCACGGUCACCAGUGCCUCCCCCACGACGGAGGCGGUUGACAUGGCAACGUUGCUGCCUCCGUUUCUUCUGCCCACCGCCCCCUGCACACCACCGUACUCCUACCGGGUGGACGAAUGCAGCGAGUUCAUCUGCUUCAACGGCAUGCUGAUGUUCCACAACGCCUCCCUGCACUGCCGUUACAACGUGACCCAGCCCAACUGCGGACUCCUGGGCAUGCCCGUCCAGACCAACCGGGACCCCUGCUGCCCACUGUGGCAGUGCCCCUGCCGCUGCUCCAUCAUUUCUGACCUGCGUGUCAUUACCUUUGACGGCAACAACGUGGCCCUGUAUGACAACGGCUCAUACAUUUUGGUUCACCUGCCCAGGGAAAACAUUGUGGGCCACAUCGAGAAAUGCCCUACCAGCGAGAGUGUCAACUCUAUCAGACGUCCUACCCCCACAGGAGGAACCUCAGGGCUGUGCUUUAAGAAGCUCAACAUCACCACACACUCCUACAGGAUCAUCAUCAACCGGCUGGAGAGGAAGGUGUCAGUGAACUUCAUCAACGCCCGGCUGCCCUUCACCAGACAGAGCCUGCACAUCGACGACACAGGCACCAUGUACGUGAUCCACACGCCAGGCGGGGUCAGCAUCCAGUGGUACCACAGCACUGGGAUAAUCGUGCUGCAGUACACUGCUCCCUACAACACCUCCACUGGCACCCGCGGGCUCUGUGGUUGCUGUGACGGGAGCCCGGCGGACGACCUGAAGCUGCCGAACGGCACAGUGGUGCGGGAGGUGGACGACAUCCCGCUGUUCCUGCAGAGCUGGAUGGUGGACACGUCUGAGGAGACCGACUACUUCCGCCGGGUGGGCGACAACUGCACCACCGGCAACUGCACCAAGUGCUUCCAGAUGCUCAACCAGAGCCCCUUCUCCGAGUGCCACGAAAAGGUUUCCCCAGACCAGUUCUGUGACAAGAUCUGGGCCGGUGACCUCCACUACAAAGACCACCAGUGUGACUUCCUGGCGGCCUACGUGGCCAUCUGUUACACCCACAACAUCUGCAUCAACUGGAGGACGCAGGAGUUCUGCCCGUUGAAGUGCCCUCCGGGAAAGGAGUACCAGCCCUGCGUGAACACGUGCACCACCAAGACGUGCCAGAACAGGGAGUACUACGAGGAGUCCACCUGCUCCUACAUCCGGGAGGAGUGCGUGUGCAGGAGUGGGACCAUCCUGCACCGGGCCGACUCCGCCUUCUGCGUCACCGAGGACCGAUGCGUGUGCACGGAUAACGAGGGGGCGCCGCGGGCCCCGGGGGAGGUGUGGAACGGCUCGGAUAAGGGCUGCUGCCUGUACCGCUGCAUGGAGAACGGCAGCGUGGUGGCGGUGGAGCCGGACUGCAGCGAGCUGCCCGCGCCGCUCUGCGAGAGGGAGGGAGAGUACGUCAUCGACGUGGUGGAGGAGGGCGCCUGCUGCCCCAAGAAGAUCUGCGAGUGCAACCUAACCAUCUGUGAGAACGAGGCUCCUACCUGUGAGAACGGCAACAAGCUUGUGAUUGGAUACAGCACCCUCUCCUGCUGCCCUGAGUACAGAUGUGAGUGCGACCCCCUGGCCUGUCCCAUGGUCAUGCUGCCAGAGUGCAGGGAGGACCAGUUCCUGGUGGAGGUCAGAGAGGACAAAUCCUGCUGCUACUCCUUCCUCUGUGUGUGCGAGUCCUGCAUGGAGCCCAUUCCCUCCUGUGGUGACGGGGAGAUCCUGGCUGUGGACCAGAACACCACCGCCCGCUGCUGCCCCCAGUACCACUGUGUGUGCGAUUUGAACCUGUGUCCGGAGUCCACUGUGGAGUGCGCCCCCGGAACCUCCCUUGUCCAGAGGAGUGUCCCAGGACACUGCUGCCCGGACUGGCAAUGCGAGUGCAGCUGUCAGAACGUCUCCGCACCCUUCUGUCAGGUGGGGGAGACGCUGGUGGAGGACCCCGACUUCAGGAGCACCUGUGGCUGUGCUCAGUAUGUCUGCAAGAAGGCGGAGGUGUGCCUGUUCCAGGGGGUGACGGUGCUGAGCCCGGGGCAGUCCAUGGUGCAGUACUUUGAGGGAGACCUGUGCUACACUGUGCAGUGCCUGCAAGAGAGGGAUCCCGCCACAGGCUACUACGCCAUGGAGGUGUCCAGUGUGAACUGCUCUGAGAAGUGUGGGCCUCAUCAAAUCUAUGUUCCUUCCAAAGACCCACAUGUAUGUUGUGGCUCCUGCAAGAACGUUUCCUGCUCUUACACCAGCGACAACGGCACCAUUGACUUCUACCUGGCUGGCAGCUCCUGGGUGUCGAACUGCACCAGAUACGACUGCGUGGAGACGGCGGUCGGGGCUGUGGUAUUGGGCUCUGCAGUGGUCUGCCCACCUUUUAAUGACACUGAAUGUAUUCAGAAUGGCGGGGUGGUGCAGAGCUACAUUGACGGCUGCUGCAGGACCUGCAAAGAGGAUGGUAAGACUUGCAAAAGAGUUGCGAUCAGAACCACCAUUAGGAAAGAUGACUGCCGGAGCAAUGCCCCUGUGACGGUCUACUCGUGCGACGGAAAGUGCCCCUCGGCCACCAUCUUCAACUUCAACAUCAACAGCCACGCCCGUUUCUGCAAGUGCUGUCGGGAGAGCGGCCUACAGGACCGCACAGUGCAGCUAUACUGCACCCGCAACAGCACCGUGGUGGACUACACCUUCCAGGAGCCCAUGGACUGCUCCUGCCAAUGGAAUUAG